AUGGAUACAACUGCAGAAGAAAGACAAACGAUGUCUAUAAGGAAAAGACGUAAUCUAUCAAAAAAUAGAGGCCCAACUGCCAGACAAAGAGAAAAAACACCAGAGCCUGGUAGGACUCCUGUGCCACACGAAGAUACUCCUACCUCUGAUGACGAGGAUUUCAAACCUGAACGUAAUUCAAGGGAAAUCGAAGCAGAUAGUACUUAUGAAGAAAUGAGACGUUUAGUCCUUGAAAAAGCUAAUGAUAAGGAUCCUGUGUAUGACCUUGACUCUGAACAACUCAAGGAAGAAAGGGCAGUAGCCGCACAAGAACGCCGACGUAGAAGUAUUUCUCCUUUUGCGAUACAAGGCAAAGAAGAUGGCGCUUUUUCUUUAGAACGUAAAGGAAGUUUUAUAGAUCCAACAAAUAAGUUGUUAUCAACAAACUAUGCCUUAAGUCCAAAAGAUGAAGAUAGAUCGCGACGUAGUUCGUUAACUAUUGAAAACUCAAAAGAGGCCAAAAGUGCCCUUACUACCUCAACGCCAUCUACAAGUUCGCCAAAAGACAGAAAUUUUCCAUAUCCGUUGGACGACAGUAAUGUGUUCGGUGUGCUAGGUUCACCAAAAACAUUAGAAGAAAUUAUAUAUCCAGAUGAUAAAAGGAUAAUCAAAUCAAAAACUUCGGUUAGAAAUGAAAAUAUGUUUUUGUUCGACGACAAAGAUAUGAAACAAGGUACAAAAGCAUCCACACCAAAACCUGAAUCUCCAGGUACACCAGGCGAAUUAGUGACAAAAGUAAUACAAAUAGAUAGGGCGCCUAGUAAAAAAAUGUUAGCAGAUAAGAAACCUAAUGUGGAAGUCAGAGAAAGGAUUGUCAGAACACCUAGUAGAAAGUUAUCAGCUGACGCUAAGCCUAAUAUUAUCAAACAAGAAAUAGCUAAACAAAUCAAAGAUGAGCCUCAGAGCCGCGUGCCUCCUGUUAAACCUGCCCGCAGCAAAUCUGCCACAAGAUUUGCGAGUAAGACUAGUGAAAGUGAGAUGAGUGAGGAUCAACAUGUUACCAAAGUAGAUGUGUCAAAACGUAGAGCGAUGCCUGUGCCCCGUCGAUACACGAAGAAUAAAUUGUCGCCAAAAACUAAACGUUCACAGUCAGUACAUCGAUCUGAUAAUUUUGGACUGGCAGAUAAAACUGGAACAGGUAUGAGCCAAACAAGCCAAGAGAUCCUUGAUUUAAUGCAAAAAGCUCGAGCCAGAAGUUUAUCAAUACCUAAAGAUGAUCCAAGAUUAUUACCUGCUUAUAAAGAUUACAAUAAAAAAAUAGAGACUCCUAACAAAACUCCUUCUACUCUUAAAGGUAGGCAGUCUAGAGGAGUUUCAUGCCCUAAAACUAUUCAGAUUAUAAGUGAAAAAGAAAUCCUGUCAGGUUUAAUGAAAAAGAAAGAGCAAUUGGAUGAAAGCAGUAAACACAGUUCAGGAUAUAUUGAUGCCAGUCAAUCUGAAUACACUUCCAGUUGUUAUUCUUCAUCACCUAGUGAAAAUGAGUUUAAUUUCGAUUUAUCAGAACGAACAGCAGAAUUAACACGUAAGCUAAAUGUUCUUAGCCAAGAAGUUGAUAAUCGCGAAAUGAUGUCAAGUAUAAUUUUAUCACGAGACGAUAAAAACAUGUACCACGACCCCAACUCAGUGUUAAGAAAAAGAUCAAUAGCGGAAACUAAACCGAUUAUGAAGAAAGAGAAUAAGGCAAUUCUGGAAACAGCAGAGAAAUCUGAGAAAAAACUUAAACGAAAAGCCGUCGAUGACCGUAAUAAAAAACACGUCAAAUCAAAAUGGAAAUUAAUUGCUGAUUGGCAACAAUUUAAAGAAGAGCAAACACUAAAUUGCGAAAAAAUUCGAAUUCUUAGGAACAAGUGUAUAAUAAACUUGCUGAUUUUAACCAUUAUGUGUGGUUUAGGUGGAAUGAUGUUUAAAUCACUGGAGGGAUCUUUUGAAAACGCUUAUAAGUGCAGUACAAGGAACGUAAAAAGAGAUUUUAUUGAAAACCUUUGGCGUGGAAGCCAUAAUUUACGGGAAGAAGAUUGGAAAUCUAUGGCAAGAAGAAAGCUAUAUGAAUUUGAAAAUCAACUGCAUACGGCCCACGAGGCUGGCGUAACAUCGUAUAGUGGUCAGCGGUCUUGGAAUUUUAUGAAUUCGUUCGUCUACUGCUUGACGUUAGUUACAACUGUCGGUUAUGGUCACAUAGCACCGAAAACAACAUACGGUCGAGUGGCCACUAUAGUAUACGCUAUAAUUGGCAUUCCACUGUUUCUUAUUCUCUUGGCUGACUUCGGCAAGCUCUUCACAAGGAUCAUCAAGUUCUUUUGGGCAUACAUCAGAAGAUUUUACUAUACGAGGAGCUGCCGUAAAGUUAGAAGAACGGGUCCUGUGCAGGAGGUAAUGAAGGGUUUAAAUAUAGUCUACGAUGUGGUUCGUCGGCCAUCGCAGAUAUUUUCUGAAGAUGAUAUCCAAGGAGACUCCCGCAAAGAUGCCGCCCAUCCACCACCUGUGAUAAGAAAGGCUAGCGAUGCCCCACCUCCUCUACCUCCAAGACCUGGUACGCUUACAAGGGAUCUUGAUAACGAAACUGAACCAGACACCCCAGCACCUUCAGUAUUUGAAAUUGAUGAUGAAUUUAAUCUACCUAUAUCAGUCGCUGUGUUUAUUUUACUCGUAUAUAUUAAUAUAGGAGCAGUUGUCUAUAGUCUUUGGGAAAAAUGGAAUUUCUUCGAAUCCUUUUAUUUCAUCUUUAUUUCCAUUACCACGAUUGGCCUUGGUGAUUAUGUGCCUGAUCAUCCCAUGUUUAUGAUGGCUUCUAUUUUAUACCUAGUAUUUGGAUUUGCACUUACUUCUAUGUUUAUAAAUGUUGUACAAGUGAAGCUUUCCAAUACUUUUAAGCAAGCUAGUGCUAAGUUAGGAGCUACUAUCGGUUUAAAGGUUGCUGAAGAAGAUGGCAGCCUAGUCCCAAUAACGCCACCGCCAACCGAAAUAGUGCCAGUACAUAAACCGAAGAGCGAGACUCUACAAACUGGUGAUGUUGAUGAAAGUAAAAACAAAGAAACAGAAGAUAGUGAUACCAAUACGAAUAAUAGAUAA